AUGGCCACGGUGACAAACGAGAACGUGGACAGGGAGAUCAUGAGACAUGGGAGAAAGUUGGUUUCACUUCGAUUUUAUCUUUUGCGGAAAAAUAGAUAUGAUGUCUCAUCUGAUGUAUUCAAUAAAUUUCAAGACAAACAAGGAGAUUUCUUUCAAUCAGAUACAAAUAGUUUAUUGAGCUUAUAUAGUGCAGCGCAUAUGAGGACCAAGGGAGAGAAAGUACUUGACAAGGCAAUCUAUUUCACUAAAAAACACCUCCUUGGCGCGUUAGAACAUUUGGAAUCACCAUGUGUAGAGGAAGUGUAUUUUGCUCUUCUUACACCUCCUUUUAGAAGGGUUAGGAUAUUAGAAGCAAGAAGCUACAUACCUUGUUAUGAAAAAGAGCCUACACGAAAUGAAGCCAUAUUGGAGCUUGCAAAAUUGAAUUUUAAUAUUCUGCAACUUCUUUUCUGUGGGGAGUUAAAGGAGGUCACCUUGUGGUGGCAGAAACUUAAGGUCGGAUCAAAUUUGAGUUUCGUAAGAGAUAGAAUAGUAGAAACUUAUUUUUGGAUAAAUGGAACUAGCUACAAUCACAAAUAUUCUUAUUCCCGUAUUAUAGCUACAAAGAUCACUGCUUUCAUGACUAUAAUAGAUGACAUAUUGGACACCUAUGGUAGCACUGAAGAGAGCAUGCAACUUGCAGAAGCAAUUAAUAGGUGGGAUGAAGGUGUAGUAGAUGUGCUUCCAGAAUACAUGAAGGAUGUCUACUUAUAUUUGUUGGAAACAUUUCGUUCUUUUGAGGAGCAUUUAGGACCUGGGAAGAGCUACCGUGUUGUUUAUCUUAAAGAAUCGGCAAUUAGUGUUAAUGUGUUGAUAUUUUUCAUGAAAACCAUAUUCCCUAGUAAAUUCAAGAAAUUAGUUCAAGCAUACAGCGCUGAACUAAAAUGGCGUGAUGAAAAAUAUGUGCCGAAGAAAAUUAGCGAACAUCUUGAAGUUUCAACAAUAAGUAUCGGGACAUCUGUGGUAGCAUGUGCUUUUUUCGUUGGCAUGGAUAACAUAAAUGCAGACACUUUCAAUUGGCUUUCUAGCAAGACGAAACUUCUCAAGUCUUUUGCUAUAUUUGUACGGCUCACAAACGACAUGGCAUCAACACAGCGUGAGCAACAAGGGGUCCACUGUGCAUCUACUAUCCAAUCUUACAUGAAGGAGCAUGAGAUGACAAAAGAUGACGCGUGUGAAAAGAUAAAGGAACUUAUUGAGAAUUCAUGGGAAGAUAUGUUAAAACAUUAUUUGGAAUUGAUAGAACAACCAAUGGUUGUGCCACAAAUUAUACUUGAGCUUUCAAGAACUGUGGAUAACAUGUACAAGCAUACCGAUGCAUACACUAAUUCAAAGACAAUCAAAGAUACUAUAAGAAUGCUUUUUAUUGACCCAAUGGAAUAG